UUGGCUGGUGAUUUUAUUUAUUUUUACUGGAGAACAGUAACAGAACGAGACGUAUUUGGCAAUAAAGAUUGGGGGGAUGAGGGGAAGGGAUGUUUCUUGUGUUGAGCCACUAGUGUGACCAUUCUGGAGAGGAAGCAGGUCUGAGCCUCUGUGCCAGGACAAGAUUCCCAGUAAACAGGAGACCAUACAGGGCACACCUGGGAUUUCUGCAGGAAAUCUUGUGUACCCUUCUGGUCAUCUGUGCUUAGCAGAUGAAAUUCAAGUUCAGAUACAGAGGCUGCUUUUUAUCCCUUGGUAGCGAUGUGAAGGAAGGGAAGAAAACCAGAGAGGUUAGUGGUGAUAUAAUACACACAAACUGGGCUUGAUAUGAAUAGAAAACUCCUAGUAUAGGGUGCUGAAGGUUUUUUUUUUUUUUUUAGGUAGAGGCAAAAAUAUUUGGAACUUGUUAAGUUUUGUUGCAUUUUAUAACGUGGUAUCUGCAGUAAGAGUCUGCAUAAGGUAACUCAAGCCUUUUUUUUAAACUGUGAGCAUUUUUGUUACUUGCAACCUUCAUGUUAGUAGCCUGACUUACAGGCAUCUUCAGUGUGUUUAUGUUCUCUUGUGUUUUUCACAGGUUGAGUAUAGAGAGAUGGAUGAGAGUCUUGCAAACCUUUCAGAAGAUGAGUAUUACUCUGAAGAAGAGAGAAAUGCUAAAGCUGAGAAAGAGAAAAAACUACCCCCACCACCUCCACCAGCUCCUGCAGAAGAAGAGAAUGAAAGUGAGCCAGAGGAGCCAUCUGGUGUGGAGGGUGCAGCUUUCCAGAGUAGACUUCCACAUGACCGUAUGACAUCUCAAGAAGCUGCCUGCUUCCCUGAUAUAAUCAGUGGGCCACAGCAGACUCAGAAGGUGUUUCUGUACAUCAGGAACCGCACCCUGCAGCUCUGGUUGGAUAACCCAAAGAUUCAGCUGACAUUUGAAGCAACUAUCCAACAAUUAGAAGCACCUUACAACAGUGACACAGUGCUCGUUCACAGGGUUCACAGCUACCUGGAGCGUCAUGGGCUGAUUAACUUUGGCAUCUACAAAAGAGUGAAGCCCCUUCCAACCAAGAAGACAGGAAAGGUGAUCAUUAUUGGUUCUGGAGUCUCUGGGUUGGCAGCAGCUCGCCAGUUGCAGAGUUUUGGAAUGGAUGUCACAGUUCUGGAAGCCAGAGACCGAGUAGGAGGAAGAGUUGCUACCUUUCGCAAAGGGAAUUACGUUGCUGAUCUGGGAGCAAUGGUGGUAACAGGACUUGGAGGAAAUCCCAUGGCUGUGGUCAGCAAACAAGUAAAUAUGGAAUUGGCCAAGAUCAAACAAAAAUGUCCACUUUAUGAAGCGAAUGGACAAGCUGUUCCCAAAGAGAAAGAUGAAAUGGUGGAACAAGAAUUUAAUCGUCUUCUGGAAGCCACAUCCUAUCUCAGUCAUCAGCUGGAUUUUAAUGUUCUCAAUAAUAAGCCUGUCUCCCUAGGUCAGGCUCUGGAGGUUGUCAUACAACUGCAGGAGAAGCAUGUGAAGGAUGAGCAGAUUGAGCACUGGAAGAAAAUUGUGAAAACGCAGGAGGAAUUGAAAGAUCUUCUUAACAAGAUGGUGAAUUUAAAGGAGAAGAUUAAAGAACUUCAUCAGCAGUAUAAGGAAGCAUCAGAAGUGAAGCCACCUCGGGAUAUUACAGCAGAGUUCCUUGUGAAAAGCAAGCACAGAGAUCUGACUGCUCUUUGCAAGGAGUAUGAUGAAUUGGCAGAAACACAAGGAAAGCUGGAAGAGAAGUUACAAGAACUUGAAGCCAACCCACCAAGUGAUGUUUAUUUGUCGUCAAGAGACAGGCAAAUACUUGACUGGCAUUUUGCAAACCUAGAAUUUGCUAAUGCUACACCCCUUUCUACACUUUCACUGAAGCACUGGGACCAGGAUGAUGACUUUGAAUUCACAGGCAGUCACUUGACUGUGAGGAAUGGAUAUUCCUGUGUGCCAGUAGCCUUAGCAGAAGGGUUGGAUAUUAAAUUAAACACAGCAGUUCGACAGGUUCGCUACACAGCAUCAGGCUGUGAAGUGAUAGCUGUAAAUACACGAUCUACUAGCCAGACCUUCAUUUAUAAGUGUGAUGCUGUGCUGUGCACUCUGCCCCUGGGAGUGCUGAAACAGCAGCCUCCAGCAGUUCAGUUUGUGCCACCUCUCCCUGAGUGGAAAACCUCUGCAGUGCAGCGGAUGGGAUUUGGCAACCUGAACAAGGUUGUGUUGUGUUUUGAUCGUGUCUUCUGGGAUCCGAGUGUCAAUUUAUUUGGCCAUGUUGGGAGCACUACUGCAAGCAGAGGAGAACUUUUCCUCUUUUGGAACCUGUACAAAGCACCGAUUUUGUUGGCCUUGGUAGCAGGAGAAGCAGCAGGGAUCAUGGAGAAUAUCAGUGAUGAUGUCAUUGUUGGUCGGUGCCUUGCCAUUCUCAAAGGCAUCUUCGGCAGCAGCGCUGUGCCCCAGCCUAAAGAGACUGUGGUGUCCCGCUGGCGUGCUGACCCGUGGGCCAGGGGAUCGUACUCCUACGUAGCUGCUGGAUCCUCUGGAAAUGACUAUGACCUGAUGGCUCAGCCAAUUACUCCAGGGCCAGCCAUUCCAGGUGCUCCACAGCCCGUCCCUCGCCUGUUCUUCGCGGGCGAGCACACGAUCCGUAACUACCCGGCCACGGUGCACGGCGCGCUGCUGAGCGGGCUGCGCGAGGCCGGCCGCAUCGCCGACCAGUUCCUGGGGGCCAUGUACACCCUGCCCCGGCAGCCCGCGCCCGGAGUGCCCCCCCAGCAGGCUGCCAGCCUGUGAGCCCGGCAGGACGAGGCAGAAGAGGAGCGCGAAGGCCGCGGUGCUGCUGGUGUGGAGCCCGGGAUGGAGAUACUCGAGUGGUUUGUAGCGGUGUCUGCUGAGAGGAGCCCCAGUCGCUGCACGAGCCUUGUCUGGCAAUGGCCUUACAGAAGCUUUGGCUUGGCGGCCUUUUACAAAAUCUUAGAGCUAUUUGAGGGGUCGGUAAAUAGAAUCCUUUACUGCGAAGCUGGUCAGGGACUUUGACUCUGCAGAUACUUCUUGGAAGUCAAAAUAGCUGGAGGGUUUUUUAGGGUGUUUGGGGUUUUUUUCUACCUGUGUGUGUAUUUACAGUUUGGGAAUUGCACAAGGACCUCUAGAAGCUGGUUGCUACAAAUACUAGCUUAGUGUAGAAUGUAUGUAAAUUUCUUUGUGGUUUUUUUAUGGCUUUGUUUUGAAGAGUAAUAUUUUUGACCAAUUCUAUUCCUGUCUGGCAUUCAAGAAUUUGGGGCAACUGUUUGCCUACCAGUAACAGCAAAUCACACAUUUCCAAAAUGGUCCAUUGGCUGCUACACAUCUGCAUCCUGCUGUAGAGUAACCUGGUAUCACUGAGUAUGCUAAGCAUACUGUUUUAUUAAAUACUUCCAACAAAAGAAAA